CCACCCUGUCCCGCCGCUGCCGUACCUACCAAGUCAAGUUCUGACGGGCAAGCUGUCUGCCACCAGAGUUUCACGACGUCGGACAUGGUCGCCAAGCGGCUUCGCAGUUCGAGGACCCAAGGCGAGACACCGCGCCAUCGAGCCGUCGCCUCGCUGCUUCCCAAAGCGGAGGAGGGAGGGGAGGAGGCUUCACGUGCCCGCCCACGGCGCCGCACGCGGUACGGGCGAGUACCAAGUACGUACACACACGCACACGGCACUGCUAGGGAUACGCACACCGUACAGGCGGGAUGGCGGGCGCGCAGGCAGGCAGGCAGGGCAGACAGGGCAGGCAGCGGCGAGCUGCGCUGACGGGGUGGCGGCCGAUCCAGCGCACGGUCUUCGCUCGCAUCCAUUCUGCUGCAGACAGACAGACCGAGACGACCUCUUCAGCUCCUCCGCGGCGCUCAUGCUUGGUAUACCCCGGCAUCCCGGUCGCCGCCAUCGCCCUCGCCACAUCGCGGACCAUGUCGCCAUGUGUGCGACGUGAAAGCUCUCCUCCCUUUUUUUCUUCUUCUCCUUCUUGUUUUCUCUCGUCAACACCAGGCUGGCCGGAGGGCCCUCCCUCAAAUCUGCCUUGUAUCAAUUAGGCGGUGCGGCUUUGAAGUAGCCCGCCCUUGUGCGCGUGUGUGUGUGUGUGUGAAGAGACGACGCUCGCUCCCACCGUCCGUCCGCCUUGCCUUUUGGCUGCGAGACGAGCGAGACGUUGCAGCAGCAGCAGCAGCAGCAACCACGGCAAAGCCGCCACCAUCAUGCCCACGUACCUCUGCCACGGCUUCCGGUGGCAUCGCCGCGAGAUCCGCAUCUUUGUCAUCCUCAACAACAUCGACGAUGCCGCCCCGGACUGGAUAGUCGGCCGCACGAGCUCGGCCAGCCUGCUGUCCCAGUUCGCCAAGAACUUUGACUUUCUCCCCGAAAAGCCCAUUGCCGUACCGCCAGAGACCCCCGGGGACCCUGCGCACACGGCCCGGAAGCAGCAGCCGCCGCUACACCGCGACGACGACUUGUCGGUGCCGCCGUCGCGCGUGCCCCCGUCGGAGGACGACGUGCUGGCCAACGACUGGUCUCCGGUCAAGCUGCUGGAGGAGUACGACCUGGAGGAGACGCAGAGCGCGAGCCGGCCCUAUGCCUUUGUCGCCGACUAUGUUGUCCGCGUCGACCUCAGCGUCAACGUCGGCGACGAGAUGGCUCGUUACGAGUCGGCGGCGGCAAAAGAUGACGCCGCCGCCGGCUGGUUCGAGAGGCUACGGGACCAGCUGCAGGCCGGGGAGAGGAUAGGGUGGCACGUUGUCGUGUGUGCAGAUGAGGAGAGGGUGGCGCCAAUCGACGACGAGAGCAGCUUGAACGAGUACGAUGACUCGGACGGCGGCGUUGCAACGCCGACCAGAAACCUGAAUCUCGUCAUGAGAGCGCCAGGGGAGGCACCACGCGGCCGCGACCAAAGAUCCCCGUUGGCAGCGGCUGCAAAAGCCGAGGCCGGAAAGGACAAGGAGAAGCAAGAAGCCAGCCAGCAGCCCGACUUUCUUCGCCAAGACCCCAUGAAGACGAGCCCGCAGCCUGGACUGCGGCACAAGCUAUCGACAAAGGGACUGCGUCGGUUGUUUUCCAAAAAGGACGGGACAUGAACUUACAGGACUAAAUGGGCGGGCGGUGGCGUUUUGAGACAGCGAAAAGCAGCGACGACGUGACACUUUUUGAUGUUGGGGCUUGGUCUUUCUUUGGAGUUUUGGGGGGACCGCGGGCCAUGCGUCGCGGACUCUCGUGAUGGCGGGUAGACGGCCAAGGGGCAGCAGCUGUGGGAGUCUGGGGCCUGCAAUACUAUCUAUCCCUCACUCAUGCGUUCAAUGAUGAGCAAAGCCUAAGUAACUAAUUAUACAAUACAAGGCGCGCGGGAGAGCCGGGGCCAUUGGUGCGGAAGAGUGCUGGCCCAGACCGGGCGGCGCGAUCCGAGCACGGUGUUUGUUUGUUUUAGUGC